GUGCCAUGUGAUCAAGUGUUUUCAGCUGCACUCGAAUCUUCCUUACGCUACCCCCUCUUCCCCUCUCUCUUCUUUCCGUUUCUCAAAUCACUAUUUAUUAGCCUUCUCCUUCUUUACUUCUUCUCCGCCGCUCUCUCUUCACUCUCUCACUCUUAACAUUACUACUCUACUUUACUCUCUAUUAGUCUUGCUAGUUUUUUGGUCACCUAUUUUCGAGUUCGGUUUAAAGCAAUGGAUCUCAAGGCCACGCUAUUGCUUGGCCUCAUCUGCAUUACCAUUGCCGUCGCAACCGGUCAAUCACCCGCUGCAUCACCCACCCAAUCACCACCGGCUAACACCCAACCACCACCGGCUAACACCCAACCACCUCAAGCUAGCCAACCACCACCCGCCACUCAACCACCUCAAGCUAGCCAGCCUCCCCCAGCCACCCAACCACCUCAAGCUAGCCAGCCUCCUCAAGCUACCCAACCACCCACCAACGCACCACCACCAUCCACCACCCAAUCACCCCCACCAGUGGCUCAAGCCCCUCAGCAAUCCCCACCACCUGUGGCUACCCCACCACCAGCCACCCCACCACCAGUGGCUACCCCACCACCAGUGGCUACCCCACCACCAGCAGCCACCCCACCCGCUGUUACACCAGUGGCUGCACCGGCUAAGUCACCGGUUGCGGCUGCGCCAUCUCCAUUGCUUUCUUCCCCACCAUCUCCUCCUUCCGAAGCACCUGGCCCUAGUAUGGGAGGUGCUCAAUCUCCUGGACCUAGUUUGGGACCUGCCUCGUCCGAUACCGAUGAUCAGAGUGGAGUAGAAAAGAUGUGGUCCAUUUCAAAGUUGAUUGGAUGCUUGGUUUCUGGAUGUGCUAUCCUUGCCUUGCUAUUUUAAGAGAAUCAGCUGCUUUCGGUUUUUCCCUGGGAUAUGUUGUCGCGAUAUUAAUUUCAUUUAUGUAAUAUUGGAUGUCAUUUUGUACCCGCCCUCUUGUAUUUGGAUUUAUACAUUCGAUCAGAUGGAUUCAUUUUUUUAUUUUGUGAGAUUUUUGAGGGUUAGUUUAUCUUUCUGGGGUGAGACUUAUGUUGUAUGAGAUUGUAUUAGUAGUCGAUUUAGCUUAUUACUUAUAGUAAAUACUGCCUCUUCAUUCUUGUCUA